AUGCCUGCACCCAAGCGCUACUUCGACCAGGACAGCGGGCCGCGCGACAGCGGUCCGCACAAGCGCAGCCGCGGCGACGACUUCGAGCAGCGCGGCGGCCGAGGACGCGGCGGAGCACGAGGCGGCGGCGGCGGUCGCGGCGGCGGGCGCGGCGGUGGUGGACGCGGUCGCGGUGGCGCAAGGGGCGGACGCGGCGGCUUCAGCGACGACAGGCCCAAGAAGGAGGCGUUCAAGCCCAAGGAGGGCUGGAUCUCGGCCGGCCUCAAGGCUCACGCCGACGCCGCCGCCGAGUCGAGCAAGCCCAAGGACGCCAAGGGCGCCGACGCCGACCCGCUCGCCCACCAGACCACCCUGUACCUCACCAACCUCCCUCCCACCCUCACUUCGCCCCAGCUCCAACUCAUCUUCUCGUCGUACGCCCCCGUCCGCGCCGCCUUUGUCGUCUCGACCGGCGGCGGCAACGGCCCCAAAGCCGACGACCCGUCGUUCGGCGGCUCGUCCGCCAACACGAUCUCGCUCAAGGCCGGCCGCGACCGCACGGGCAAGGUCGCCUCGCGCGGUUUCGGCUACGUGCGCUUCGUCCUGCGCGCCGACGCCGAGCAGUGCCUCGCCGAGUGGGGCACCAAGGAGGGCAUCCCGCGCUCGGCCGUGCGUGAGCUCGAGCUCCAGGACGGCCUCGAGGGCCUCGAGUGGGACAAGGUGACGGGCGCCGGCGGCAUCCACAUGAGCUGGGCCAAGAAGAAGCUCCGCGACGGCGAGAAGCCCGAGGGCGCGGCGGCUGACUGGAAGGAGAAGAAGGACAAGAAGGACAAGAAGGACAAGGUCGUCAAGGCGGCCGCGCCGGUCGAGGGCGGCGACGAGGACGAGGCGCAGGCCGAGGAGAAUUGGCGCCCGGGCGUGUGGGACCACAACGCGGUGCGCACCGUCAUCGUCCAGGGCCUGCCGCUCCCGGGCGAGGAGGGCUCGACCGAGGUCGACGCCGACGACGACAAGAAGGACGCCGACGAGGGCGACGAGUCCAAGAUGGACGUCGACGCCGGCGCAGACGGCGAGGGCGAGGGCGACGCAGCGGGCGCCGUCAAGAAGGGCAAGCUCAUCGACUGGAAAAAGGCGAUCCGGCAACGCGCCAAGAAGGUGGGCGACCCCGAGGACGUCAAGUUCCCUGUCCGGCUCGCGUCGGGCGAGCAAGUCGCACUCGUCGUCAUGUACACGCCGCGCGAGGCGCACGCCCUCAUGACCAAGAUGAACAACCACGUGUUCCGCGGCGUCAUGGUGUCGGCCGCCAUCAAGAGCUCCUGGGACCUGUGCCAGCGCCAAGGUCGGGCCAAGGGCGGUGGGCGCCUUCUCAUCCGCAACCUCGGCUUCGACGUCAAGGUCGCCGACCUGCGCGCCGCGUUCGCGCGCUUCGGCCCGCUCCACUCGAUCACGCUCCCGGUCGACCCGGCCACGUCCAAGGGCCGCGGCUUCGCGUUCGUCUACUUUGUCUCGCGCGGUCACGCCGAGAAGGCGCUCGCGGCCGUCAACGGCACGCGCGUGUACGCCGGCAUGGCGGCCGAGCGCGUCGCGACCGAGGGCGGCAAGGAGGGCAAGAAGAAGGAGGUGCGCGAAAAGAAGAAGGCCGAGAAGACGGCGAGCGGCGGCGGCGGCGGCGACAAGGGUCGCGUCGUCGCGGUCGACUGGGCCUUGAGCCAGGAGGAGUGGAAGAAGGCGCAGGAGGGCGAGAAGGAGGGCGCGGAGGCGUCGGGCAGCGAGGCGGACGAGGAGAGCGGCAGCGGGUCCGACUCGGGCUCGAGCGACGACGAGGAGGACGAGGACAGCGACAUGUCGCCCGUCCCGGAGGACCUCGACGCCGACUCGGACAUGUCGCCCGAGCCCGUCGGCGCCGCAGAGCGUCGUCGCGCCGAGCACAAAGACGACGGCCUGAGCGACGAGGGCGAGGAGGACAAGCCGCAGCAGCAGAAGGGCACGACGCUGUUCGUCCGCAACAUGUCGUUCGAGGCGACCGAGGCCGAGUUGUACGACCUGUUCAAGGCGUUCGGCCCCGUGCGGUACGCCCGCAUCGUCUACGACCCGACGACCAAGCGUUCGCGCGGUACCGCCUUUGUCUGCUUCUGGAACGACGAGAGCGCGCAGGCCGUCCUCAACGAGUCGCAGGCGCUCAACGAGGGCAACUUUGGCGAGACGUCGACCAAGAAGACCUCGCUCCUGAUGGCCGACCCGUCCUCGUCGACCGCGUCGCGCCUGACGCUCCACGGCCGUGUCCUCGCCGCCGUCCCUGCCGUCUCGAAGAACGACGCCGACAAGCUGCGCGAGGACCGCGACAAGAAGGGCGCCGCCAAGAUGGACCGCCGCAACUUGUACCUCAUGCGCGAGGGUGUCAUCUUCCCGACCUGGGCCAUCGCCAAGACGCUGUCGGCCGCCGACAUGGACGCGCGCCAGUCGUCGUUCGACGCGCGCAAGUCGCUCCUGCGCUCGAACCCGUCGCUGUACAUCUCGCGCACCCGUCUCUCGAUCCGCCAGAUCCCGCUGUACGUCACCGACGGCAUGCUCAAGCGCCUCGCCAACUUUGCGAUCCGCGAGUUUGACCGCGACGUCAAGAGCGGGCACCAGAAGCCGCUCACGGCCGACGAGCUCGUCACGUUCGUGCCCGACGCGAGCGGCGCCAAAGAGUCGGCGCACGACAAGGUCGAGCGCAAGAAGGGCGUCCCGCUCGGCAAGGUGCGCCAGAGCAAGAUCCUGCGCCAGAACGACCGCGUCGACCCGGUGACCGGGCUCGGGCGGUCCAAGGGCUACGGCUUCCUCGAGCUCGGGUCGCACGCCGACGCGCUGCGGUUCCUGCGGUGGGCCAACGCCAACAAGGAGGUGAACCGCCUGUUCCGCACGUGGUGGCGCGAGGAGCUCGACAAGAUGCUCGAGCAGGUCGAGAAGGGCGAGGGCAAGCUCGGCAAGGGCGUCAAGGUGUCGGAGAAGGACGACCGCCUCAAGCGCCUGCGCGAGAAGCGCAAGGAGCUCGAGGAGGAGGAGCGCGUCGCCGAGGACAAGGCGUCCAAGCGCGAGGCGGCCGGGCGCGCCCUCACCGGCGAGGGCGGCCGCAGCUCCAAGUGCCUCAUCAUCGAGUUCUCGAUCGAGAACGCCGUCACGACCAAGCGUCGCGCCGAGAAGGUCGAGCGUGCGCGCGAGAAGGCUCGCCGGGUCAAGGAGAACGGCGAGGAGGAGAGCGGCGACGAGGCGGGCUCGGGCGACGACGACGGCGACGACGCGUCGCCUCGGAAGAAGAAGGGCGGCAAGCCGGCCGCCGCGGGCAAGAAGGGCGCUCACGGCAGGAAGCGCCGCGCCGGCCACGACGGCGACGAUGACGAUGCCGAGGGCGCGUCGCCGAGCAAGAAGCGGUCCAAGAAGGCGCCGAGCGAGAAGGCGGUCGACCCGGACGCGCCGGUCAAGGAGGGCGCGCGGAUAGGGAGCAUGAUCGGCCGCAAGCGCAAGAUGAAGGGCAAGCGGUAGAGCCGGUCACGCCUCUCUCUCUCUCUCUCUCUGUUGUAGCGCCGUCCAUGUCACCCUCUCUCUCUCACU